AUGGCUUCAACGUUCGACAGAAAGAUCGGCUACUUUUUGCAGCAUUACGAGAACGGUGAAGUGCCCAACGGGUCGAUUCCAAACUCUUUGUUAGAAGAAAAAGAACACAGGCCAAGAAGUUUGGAAUGGAAAGAAAAACGAUUCGUGGUCAGGAAUUCGUUACUGACUGACAUUUCGAAACUUCCGCAUUUUCGCAUCGUCUGCAACAUAUUUUGGGCCGGCUUGUUGCUGAUCGCCGUAAACUCUAUAGUUCACGAUUGUCUGGAGCCUGGAUCACUGAGACUGAACCUGGAGCUAUUUCGUUGGUGUUUUGGUAAAAUGCCCUACGUGAUCACCAUCUGGCUACUGAUGUUCAUGAGUACCAUUGUAGUCUUUUUUCCGUGUUACAAUUACUGGGCACACCAGUGUUACACCUCAAAACACAUCGACAUUGCAUUUCUGGUCGCUUAUAUCUUGCACAUCGUCCUGAUGCUGGUCCUACCACUGAAAUACAUCUUCCACUACGACCUGCCGUCCGCUUCAUCGAUGGUCGUUUCCUGCGAGCAGGUGAGAUUGAUCAUGAAAGUACAUGCUUUUGUUCGCGAGAAUAUCCCGCGUACGUUGAAGUACAAAGCGAAGAUGCUUCAUAAAGAAGAUGGAAUGAACGAUGAUGAUAACGACAUGAACGUCAUCGCUUGUCCAGAUUUUCAGCGUUUCCUUUACUUUCUAUUUGCACCGACGCUCAUUUACCGCGACGAAUAUCCGAGGUUUGUAGCUUAG